GUCUUCAGUCCACGCUCUCGACAGUUGCCAGAAGCACAUAUAGGAAGGGCUUGGGGGAGGCCCUGGAAGAGCCUACCCCUCAAGGUCCGGAAGCCCAUAGAACGCUUUAAGUUGGAAAAGGCUCGACACUCACCCUUUCUACGUUCCCCCAUUACCUGCUCGGCCACCCGUGCAUCCAGGGCCCUCUCAAGAGCCAGGCUCGCCGCGUUCUUUGGAAAACCUCCUCAGCGCCGUUCGGGAGAAAAUGUGAUAAUAGAAGACACAGGGUCCAGUCCUCUGCCUGUUCCAGGAGCGGGAGUGAUCACAGAAGAGUCGGGUUUCACCCCAGAGAGUGACCUCCAUACCUCCUCCCCUGUGUGUGAGGAAGUCCAAAGUGCCCUGGGAAGGACCCCACCUGGUGAUGGCCGUGGGCCCUCAGAGGCCCCUCUGAUUGUGCAAGAAGACAGGCCGCCUUCUCAGAAUCUCUUAUAUCCUUUUGUGGGCAGAAUCUGGCAUAGCGGGAGUGUCGUGGGUGCGAAGAAAGACAGCUUGGAGCUGAGUCCCAGGGCGGCAGUGGCCAGGAAAGAGCCAAGUGACAAGACUGUGGCUGAGACCUCACGAGACUCCUGUCAAAGCAUUACAAUAUUGGAGCUCAACUCAGAGUCACAAUCUUCAAGGGCUGAAGGGGCCAGGGAGGCAGUGGAGGCCCUGGAUGCCUCUGUCUGGGUAGCCAUCUUGGGACCCUGUGUGCCGUCCAGCCCCCGAGACAGUAAUGUCGAUCUGAGGAGAUCAGUGUCUGCAGGGUCCAGUAAGAGCCCCUCACUACCUAUGCAGUCGGCCAACCAAGAUCCAGAAGUGCCACGCCUCGAUGCACAGCUUAGUGAGUUCGAGCUCAGAGAGCUGGGAGAGUCAGACAACCAGACGCAGGGCAGUGCUGCUAGUGUGCUCCUCGAAGACAGUGUAACCGGUGUGAGCCUUCAAGACUGCGCGACUCACAUGCUUAUGCAAGACUGUCGCUCUGAUGUGUUACUUGCUGCAGACAUGUUGGCUCGUCAGGCAUCUCUGUUUGGCUCCCACAGCAUGGCGACUGGGGAUAUGUCAGCUUCCCAAGUGCUACAUGAUGUAACAUCAAGUGAAGGGAGCAGCCAGGGAGAGUCCCUGGGACUGCAGGACCAGUAUAAGAGGCAGGGCAAGACGUCUGUCCCCACUGAUGAGAGGGAGCACAGAAGGAGCCCCAGCCCAGGACAGCCCGAUGAGGGGUUGGCAGGACUGAGGGCCCCUCGAGCCAUUAGGAUGAGCACUGGUCAAGAAAAAGACUCAGUUGAGUCCUUAAGAAGCCAGCCCUUCUGGCUCAUGGAGAACAGACAGGCUUCUCCAGAAGACUUCUUCAAAAACAAGAUGAAGCAACUGCAGUGCAUCUUCCCCAGGAAAGGCAAAGGACUGGAACACACCCUCCAGAAAGGCCAGCCCUCAGCAGCCACUGCCCAUAGAUGGGAACCAGCCGAAAGCGGCUCAGUUCUGAACAGCAGAGCUGUGGAGGCUCAGGUGGUGCUGAAAACUGUGGGGCACAUCCUACAGGAGACAAUGACAGUUCACCGCAAACACUCUGACUCAGAGUUCAGUUGGUGCAAAACAGAACACCAUGCUCCGGCAGGUCCACAAGUCUGCUCCCACAGGGCUCUCUCCUACACAGAGCAGCGAAAACUGAUGAAAGGCAUGGCUUGCGGUCACCAAGCCACCAAGGGCAAGGGCCAUCACAGUCUGCACAAGAGCAGCUGGGCCACAGACAGAAACAGCCAGUGUGUCUUCCCACCCAGGGAGCCAGCGUUGCCACGACCCUGCCAGCAUGGGCUGAGAGGGACAGUGUCCUCAGGCAGCUCCCGCUACUCUACAGGGCAAUGGCCCAUUCGAAGAUCUGUCUCCUCUGUUCAACCAGGGUGCAGUUUUCACACCUCCCCUGGUAGGAAUUUUCCAUGAAAGAAGACACAUCAUGGAGAGAGAAACUUUUCAACCUUUGCCACUCUUCAAUCAAUUCUUCCU